AGAGUUCCAUUGCAGCUGGAGGGCAGGACAAGAAGAUGACGGGAAGAGCCCGAGCGAGAGCCAGGGGAAGACCUCGCAGACAGGCGCCUCCUGUGCCUAUGGCAGGAGAUCCAGCUGUGAGUUGUGUCAGUUGUUCCCAACCAUGGCAGGUUCCGCUGGAUGUGCCAGGUGAGGUGGCUGAGCCUCAGCAGCCCCAGCGGAUCAAUGUUCCUCCACAACCAUCCGGAGAACCUGGAGGCCAUGGACGACUGAGGGGCUUUGAGAGUGUUCUGCAGGAGAGAAGGCCAGAAGGAUUACGGGUUUCCUCGGGACUCCAGGAUUUGAGUUUACGAGACAGGGGUGGGCGUCGGAGAGAUUACCAUGACCUGGGGGUCAAUACUCGACAGGCCAUGGUGCACGUUCAAGAUUCAAAGACUGGUAUGUCAGGUAGAACGAUAAAAUUGACUUCAAAUCACUAUCGUUUGACGUCUCGACCCCAGUGGGCUCUGUACCAGUACCACGUUGGCUACAGCCCUGAGAUGGAAUCGCGCCGUCUCCGAUCAGCCCUGCUCUUCCAGCACGAGGAGAAGAUUGGCAGGACCCACGCCUUCGAUGGCUCAAUAUUAUUCUUGCCACAAAAACUGCGGAACAGGGUUACUGAACUGUUUAGUAGGACUCGAAACGGGGAGGAUGUGAAGAUAACAGUUACUUUGACUAAUGAGUUGCCACCUACUUCACCUACAUGUCUGCAUUUUUACAACAUCAUUUUUAGAAGGCUUCUGAAGAUGCUCAAUUUGCAGCAGAUUGGCCGUAAUUACUACAACCCUGGGGAUCCAGUCAGCAUCCCUAAUCACAGGUUGAUGGUGUGGCCAGGCUUCGCAAGUUCCAUCCUCCAGUACGAGGAGAGCAUUAUGCUGUGUGCAGAUGUGAGCCAUAAGGUUCUUCGUGGGGAGACAGCGUUGGAUGUUAUGCACAGUCUCCAUUCCCAGGUUGGAGAGGAAAGGUUUCGAGACGCCUGUGCUAAAGAGCUGAUUGGUUUAAUUGUUCUUACAAAGUACAAUAACAGAACAUACAGAAUUGAUGACAUCAACUGGGAUAGCAACCCAAUGGGUACCUUUAGAAAAUCAGAUGGUACUGAGAUCAGUUUCCUGGAGUACUACAAAAAGCAAUAUAAUAUAGACAUUGGUGAUCCAAAGCAGCCUGUCUUGAUCAGUCAGCUGAAGAAGAGUAGAAACAUGGAAGGAACUGUGGUUCUAAUUCCGGAGCUGUGCUCCCUAACAGGGUUAACGGAGAAGAUGCGGACUGACUUCAACAUGAUGAAGGACUUGGCAAUUCACACCCGGCUGCCACCUGAGCAAAGGCAGCGGGAAGUUGGAAGACUCCUUAACUACAUCCAAAGAGAUGACAAUGUUCAGAAGGAACUUGGAAACUGGGGGUUAAGCUUUGAUUAUAAACCAGUGGCCUUUUCAGGAAGAGUUGUUCAAGGAGAAAAGAUCUUUCAAUCAGGAAACAUGAUCGAUUACAACCCUCAGUUUGCUGACUGGACAAAGGAAACCAGGGGAGUUCCCUUAAUCCGUGCUGUGCCCAUGGACAACUGGCUGUUAAUCCACGCCCGGCGCAACCACGACGUUGCCAAUACCUUAAUUCAGAGCCUGUACAAGGUCACACCCGCCAUGGGCAUCAGGAUGAGCAGGCCCAUCACGAUUGAAGUAGAUGACAGAACAGAAGCUUACUUGAGGGUUUUACAGCAAAGGGUUACCCCUGACACAAACAUAGUGGUUUGCAUUUUGUCUAGUUCCCGAAAAGAUAAAUAUGAUGCCAUCAAGAAAUACUUAUGUACAGAUUGCCCCAUCCCAAGUCAGUGUGUGCUCGCUCGCACUUUAAGCAAACCUCAGACAAUCAUGACUGUUGCAACGAAAAUCGCCCUGCAAAUGAACUGCAAAAUGGGUGGAGAACUUUGGAGCGUUGAGAUCCCACUGAAGCAGGUGAUGAUUGUGGGAAUUGAUUGUUACCACGACACUGUAACUGGAAGGAAGUCAGUGGCAGGAUUUGUGUCUAGCCUGAAUCAAACAAUGACACGGUGGUUCUCCCGCUGCGUCGUUCAAAGUCGUGGGCAAGAACUUGUGGAUGGAAUCAAAGCCUGCUUGCAAACUGCUCUAAGAAAUUGGUUCAAGUGGAAUAAGUGUUUGCCCUCUCGAAUCUUUGUGUAUCGUGAUGGUGUUGGAGAUGGCCAGCUAAAUACCCUGGUUAAUUAUGAAGUGCCUCAAUUCCUGGAUUGCUUGAAGAGCAUCGGUACUGACUACAGUCCAAGACUUACUGUGAUCGUUGUGAAGAAACGAGUGGGUGCCAGGUUCUUUGCAGAGGUUGGUGGAGGACUUAAAAACCCACCCCCUGGUACUGUUGUUGAUACAGUGGUUACCAGACCAGAGUGGUAUGAUUUCUUCGUUGUGAGCCACACAGUGAAAAAUGGUUGUGUCACACCCACUCAUUACAACGUCAUUUAUGAUGGCAGCCAGCUGAAACCAGAUCACUUGCAGAGGUUGACCUACAAACUCUGCCACAUGUACUAUAACUGGUCGGGUGUUAUCAGAGUUCCUGCUCCUUGCCAGUAUGCUCAUAAACUGGCUUUCCUUGUCGGUCAGAGCAUUCACAGAGAACCAAAUCUGAUGCUUUCAGACAGACUCUACUAUCUUUGAAGUUGAGUUAUCAGCCAAAUAAAAUAGCGUAGUUCUUUUCCAAGGAAUGCAGAAUUGUCUGAGGUUUUGGUUUUCAGUUUUGUUUUUUCUUAAAAAGACCUGCACACAGGAUAAUAUGUGCAGUUAUGGAACUUAUUUUUGUUAUUUUGGGAAGCCUUACCCAAAAGUACUUCUAGCAAGUAAGAGGGAGAGUUAUACAGAACAAAAUCCAAACUUUUUCAGCUAGUAUGUUACACUUCUAAUUUUCAAAAUGCUUCA